AUGGCAUCACUUCCUGGGCCGUCCACAGUGCCCUCCUUUAAUCAAAAUCUCAAAGCAAAUGGUUUUGCAACCGGAAUGAACAAGAUAUUACCGGUAUUACCGGUCUUACCGGUCUUACCACAGAGGAAGUUUGAGUUCAAAAUGGGGACGAGCUCCGACAGUCGCGGAAGUGCCAGUCAAAUCAACUUUUCUUUCAAGGGAGGAGGGAAUGUUGCUAGUGGCAGUCAUCAGAAUGGGAUUGAUCGAGAGAUUAGUAAAGAAAACGGAUUUGGUCCUCCCACCCAGAUCCAGUCAAGGAGCGUGUUACCGGCUAAGUCGCUUUUUUCGCAGAAUGGAAACACUGCUCAAAGCAACCGUUUUUCUUUCAAACUCAAUCCACCAGGAAAUCUUCCAAGAGUCAACUUUGGAUUUCCUUCGAGUUCCAGCCAUCAAAGCAGUAAUCAAAUCAAGGCAAGAGAACAUCCCAAGUCAAAUGGAUACUUCUCGGUCUCUUAUGAUGAUCCUGCCAUGAAGAAGCCUAGGUUGCAGUAG